AUGGCUUUCAUUAACAAUGAUCAUUCUAACUCGGAAAUUCAACGCCCUCAACAGAAUGUCUUCCCGGAGUUUAGUUCCCCACAACAGAAUGUCUUCCCCGAAUCUGACUCGGAAAUUCAACGCCCUCAACAGAAUGUCUUCCCCGAGUUUAGUUCCCCACAACAGAAUGUCUUCCCCGAAUCUGACUCGGAAAUUCAACACCCUCAACAAAAUGUCUUCCCCGACUCUAGUACUCCCCAACAGAAUGUCUUCCCCGACUUUAGUACCCCCAAACAGAAUGUCUUCCCCGACUCUAGUACCCCCGAACAGAAUGUCUUCCCCGACUAUAGUACCCCCGAACAGAAUGUCUUCCCCGACUAUAGUACCCCCGAACAGAAUGUCUUCCCCGACUCUAGUACCCCCGAACAGAAUGUCUUCCCCGACUUUAGUACUCCCAAACAGAAUGUCUUCCCCGACUUUAGUACCCCAAAACAGAAUGUCUUCCCCAACUCUGAUAUUCAACACCCUCAACAAAAUGUUUUCCCUGACAAUAACUCAGAAUCUGGGCGCCCCGAACAGAAUGCCUUUCCUGACUCUGACUCGGAAGUUCCACCAGAAAUUCAACCUACCUUCAUCGUCAUAUUACCGAACACACUUUGA